AUGGAAGAACUGAGCCUUGAUGAGCUUCACCUGAUUAGUUGCAACAAAGCGAUCAGCGCAUGUGGCAAGAGCAAGGAUUGGGAACUUGCGCUGCAUCUUCUGGGUAGUGUUGGGACCCUGCAGCUGAUGCCAGAUACUUUUAGCUACAACUCUGCCAUCAGCGUAUGUGCAAAGGGAUUGGCCUGGCCGUGGUCAAUUUGCCUUUUCGAGGAAACACCUCAGCGGGAUGUCAUCAGUUUCAAUGCUGCGAUUCACGCCUGCAAGCAAGGUAAGAAUUGGCAACUGGCCCUGAGAUUGCUGGAGCAGAUGUCGGAAGAGCUUGGGGAGUGCAGCGUUAAUGGGCAAAAUGCCUGCAUCAGUGCGUGCCAUGUGGCAAACCAAUGGCAAUACUGCUUAUUGCUCUUCUGGGAAAUGAUGUUGAAAAGGCAGCCCAACACUGCCACGCACAGCGCAGCUAUGAGUGCCUGCCAGAGUGAAGGUCAAUGGCAGAUGGUGUUUCUGCUCUUCGACUUGAUGUCUUCCACAAAGGCAAAGAGGGAUGCCGUGGUCUUCAAUGUCGCCAUGUAUGCCUGUAAACAUGCUGGCCACUGGCAGACAGUUCUUGGUUUAUUGCAAAUGAUGAGAGAUUCACAGGUUCGCCCCAACAGAGUGAGCUAUUCCAGUGCAAUUGCAGCAACAGAACAGGGUGGCCGCUGGGACCUGGCAACCAGCUUCCUCAACAUCAUGCGCUUGGAAGGAGAUUGGCCAAACGAGAUCAACUGGGGUGCGGCCUUGAAGGUUACGAAAGCGCCGCUUGGACUGCGCUGCUCCUGUGAAAUGAAAGGCAUCAUGAGGACAACCCAGGAAUCUCUGAUUCCAAGUCAUUCUUUUUUAUGGGUGCGAGUGUGUGAUUGGCAACGAUGA